AGAUUAUCAUUACCUUAACGUGUUUUCAUUCCUACAUGCUUUAGUAGCGUUAAAAACACUUAUUGUCAAAUAGCGUUAGGAAAGUGUUACAUUGCUUGAUUACAUUCGGCUCUGUGGAGACGAACGUUGCCUGUCCAUGGGGUAGUGGGUCAUGGAGGCAGCUAGGAGCAGCAGGGCCUGAGCUGGGUUUUGCUGUAAUACAGGAAAAUCUGGUGGGCAAUAUGGCAGAUGGAAUGUUGUCACUUUCUUGGAACAACCACAGCACAACUUUCAGCCACACCUUGGCAGCACUGAGAGCUAAGGAAAGGUACACUGAUGUCACACUAGCAUGUGAAGGGAAGUUUUAUCAAGUUCAUAAGCUUGUGUUAUCGACCUGUAGCGAAUAUUUUGAAAACAUGUUUGAUCACACUCCUUGCAAGCAUCCAGUCAUAGUACUGACUGAAAUCCACUGGGAGGAGUUAGAAGCUCUCUUGAGCUAUAUGUAUGCUGGUUUUGUCAAUGUUGCAGAAAACAGUUUAGCUAGACUAAUAAAGGUUGCUGAACUGCUGGAAGUUAAAGGUCUUGCAGUUCCUGAUGAACCACAAAACAGCAAAAAGAGGGGUUCCAAUAGCCAGUGGACGAAUGAAAACAGAAAAAGCCCUCUUGCUGAAAAUAAGCAACCGCAUCGCAGUAAGGAUGAUAGAAAUGUAUUGCUUUCAAAAUCCCAGAACUCCAGUGAUAGCAGAACAAGCCCCCAUCCAAAGAGACAGAGAACAAGAAAUUCAGUUUCUUCCCUUGAGAGCAUUCAGUCACCAAACAGGUCUCCAGUAAAAGAAACUUCAAGACCUACUGAUGAAAAUGAAUACAGAGAUGAAGUUGAUAGUUCUUGGAGUGAAGUAGAUGGUGAUAAUCAGAAAAACCCUGAACGAUUUGAGGAUCAGACCUCCCUGCAACACCAGGAACACCUUAAUGAUAAAGUACAGGUUACCCUGGAUGAAGCUCUAGUUAAAGAAGAGAUGAUAGAUGUGAGAGAUGGCCGUAGUGGCUCAACUCAGUAUGAAGGUAUGGCUGGCAACUCAUCAGCUGGUGGGCAAUGCAGCACAAGUCUCACGAUUCCCAAGUAUGAUCAAGCAUCAAAGCAAGAAACCAUUGCACAAUUUGUCCAUGGUCAGCAACCACCUCUUCAUGAAGCUGUUGUAGAAGCACUUGCAGGACCUUCUGGUAUGCAAAGGUGGGCAGGAAUAAGUGAAGCUGGCAGAAGAUUGGUGCUUGAGGAGGGAGAAGGCGAAUUGCCUCCUCAUCUUCUCAGUCAGCCUGCAACACAGUCCCAUCAACCACUGGGAAGAAUGGGCAAGAGUGGUCAAAGGACUAGUGGAAAAGAUACCCCAAAGAAGAGGCACCAGUGUCCAUACUGUGUCUACUCUACUGCCCGAAAAGAUCACUUGCAAAAACAUAUACGCACCCACACCGGGGAGAAGCCCUAUGCCUGCCGCCUCUGCCCUUACCGAUCCUCACAGAAAUACAACCUAAAGAGCCAUGAGUUUACACAUAAAUUAUAAGAUCACUCAUACGAAAUAUGUAGUCAGUAAUUGUUUCAUGUCUUUUUGCCAAAUGCCGGAUAAUAUUAAACUUAUGUUCCGCGUAUUAGAGAUCUCACUCUGAAGAUAUUUUUUUAUUGUUGAUGAAAGGACAAAAAGUAAACCCUUGCCGACCACAAGGAUUACAGCUCCUCAAACACUUUGGCAUGAGAUGAAUAAAAAAAAUGCAUGUGGCAGUCACUGGUCGAGCCCAGGCAGAGGCGAGAGGAUGACGAAAGACAAGGAAGCAAGAUGUACAGCAAUGGAGGCAGCCAAUGGCAAGACAAUUAAAACGAAGUCAACAUAUGGCUGCUCCUGCAAAGGAUCAUAAAAUGAAGAAGCUCAAAGAUAAUCAACUUAAAUUGGAGAGGUGUCUUGAAAGUAUUCAUGUCAUAGGAAGGAGGAAGUACAGAUGAAGGAAGGCUGCUCCAGAGUUCACUAUUGAAAAGGAUGAGAGAAUCAAGAUACUGGCUAACUCUCGCAUUAUAAGUUUGACAGCAUACGGAUGAGCUAGCAUAGAAAACUGUGCACAGCAAUGCUGCAGGAAAGAUGAUGGCAUGCAGAUAGUGAGUUCAGAAGAGCAGUUAGCAUGAAAAUAGCAGAAAAAGGUACCAAGGAAAGCAAUAUUGUGGCAGAAUUUAAGGGGUUGGGUAAGGUAAAACACCAUGUUCCUAAGAAUAAGAAUAAGGCCAGAGAUUCAAGUUUCUGUAUUAUUUAAGGCUUGAGUUAAAAGAUAUUAAAAGAUGUUAUGUUAAAAGAUGUGUAAUAAUGCAGAAUAGUAGAAUAAUUGAAAUAGGUUGAUUUAAAACAGUUAAUUUUGGAAGUCCUUGUUAAUGCAGUGCUCAUCAAUUGAUUGUAGAUGUGGAGGAGGUUGAGGCAAGAGGUUCACUGUAUUUAUCAAAAGGAAAAAUUUAUGGAAUUAGACCAGGGUGGAGCCAGGCUUCUUCAGAAACGAGUCUAAUGUCCAUCAUAGAGUUUGCAUUUUUUAAUCGUUACUGAGAUUUUUAUCACAGGCAAUUGUGUCUAAUAUAAAUAACUUAUUUUUUGUAAGAUUUGUUAACACAAAUGCUCACCAGUCAAUUUAGAUGAAAUUAUGGAACAUGAAGUGGUUUGUUUACAUUGAAUUGGCAGAUAUAUGCAUGUCACUAACACAAUAUACCUACUUCAGUCACUGCUUCUCUAAACACACACACACACACAUGGCAGAUGGAAUUCAACCUUGGAAAAUGUAAAAAAAUAGAGUUUGGUAGGAGUGGUAGAAGAUGUGAAUAUGAUUAUAAGAUGGGAAGUGAGAUAAUAUGCAGAGGAAUGGAAGAAAAAGAUUUGGGAGUGACUAUCUCAGAGAACAUGUCACCGGACAAACAGAUCAACAGGAUAACGGGACAAACUAUGAAUUUGCCGAGGAACAUAAGGACGGCAUUUGUGUAUUUGGAUGAGGAGAUGAUGAAGAAAAUAAUAGUUACAAUGAUAAGGCCAAGGUUGGAGUAUGCAGCAGUGGUCUGGUCUCCUCACAAAAAGAAGAAUAUAAGAAGGCUGGAAAGAGUACAGAGAGUGGCAACUAAGAUGGUACCAGAACUAAGGGAUCGGACUUACGAGGAGAGACUCAAUAGCAUGGGGCUCACAACCCUGGAGAGAAGAAGAGAAAGAGGAGACCUGAUAGCGGUGUACAGGGUGGCGAGUGGGGUGGAGAAUCUGGACAGAGAAGACCUGUGUGUGUGGAGCGAGAGAGAAACAAGAGGACAUGGAAAGAGGUUGAGGGCGACCACGUGUAGGCGAGAUGUGAAAAAGUUUAGCUUCCCAAACAGAAGCAUUGAGCUGUGGAAUGGACUAGGGGAGGUGGUGGUUUGUGCAAGAAACAUUCAUGAUUUUAAGGAAAAGUUGGAUAAGAGCGGAUAUGGAGACGGGACAACGUGAGUGUAGCUCUUUUCCCGUAUGUCACAACCAGGUAAAUACAACUAGGUAAAUACACACACACACACACACACACACACACACAGACACAUGAUAAAUGAAGUGAAAAAAAAGAAAUGAAGAAAGAUCAGAAGAAGAAAAGAAGAAUUUUUUUUUGAGAAUGAAGAAUGAAAAACUGAUGAAGUGGUGGAUAGGAGGCGAAAAGAGGGAGUAAGGGUGUUGAUAGAAGGAGGGGAAAGAAAGGGAGAAGGGAAGAAAGGUUUAAAGAUUGUGUACACUAACAUAGAUGGUUUUGUAUCAAAGAAAAUUAAACUAACUGAUUAUUUAAGGGAGAGUGAUACAGAUAUUAUAGUAUAGUUGAAACAAAACUUGUAAAAGAACUGGAACUUGUGAUGGAGGGAAAGACCAAGUACAACAUUUAGAGAAAAGAUAAGAAAGAAGGAAAUGGAGGAGGAGUGAUGAUAAUGAAGAAACAAAACUUGAAAGUGACUGAAGUGAGAUAUGGAAAUGACAAUGUGGAAGUGAUGGCUGUUCAGGUACUGGUAAAAGGUGGAGAGAAGAAUAACAUAAUAACAGCCUCUGUCCCCCCUAAAACCAAAAGUUGGAAUGAAGUAAGAUAUAAUGCUAUGCUGGAAGAUACAAUACAGGCACUGACAGACAAAAUAAAAAAUAAUGAAAAGAUAAUAUUAACAGGAGAUUUCAAUUGCAAAGAGGUGAAAUGAGAAGAUUAUGCAACAGAGGGUGGUGAAAAUACUUGAGGAAGUAAACUAUUGAAGCUGGUAACAGAUAACCUGAUGACGUAGUGGGUACAAGGAGAAACAAGGCUGAGAGGGGAUGACGAACCAUCAAGAUGACCUAAUUUUCACAAAAAAACGUGGAGUUAGAUAAAGGAGUCAGUCAUGAGUGCCCCUUGGGUAAGAGCGACCAUGAACUAUUGGAGAUGAAAACUUUGGAAGGAUGUGAAUAUCAAGAUGAGGCUUAUAAGGAAAAAAGAAAAAACUACGCUAAGGCAGAUUACGUUGGACUCAAGACUUUCUUAGGUGGGGUAGACUGGACUGAUAUGAAGAGGAGUACUAAUAUUCAAGAGAAAUAUGACUUUUUUUUUAUGAAUAUUUACAACAGAGGAAUACAGAUAUAUGUUCCAAAUUACACAGUAAAAACUAAAGGAGAGAAAACAUGGUUUGGAUGGAGGUGUGAAACAGCAAGGAGAAAUGGAAAUAAGGCAUGGAGGAAUUUAAAGAAAAGACAAAAUGAAAACAACAGGGACAAAUAUAAAAAAGCAAGAAAUGAAUAUGUAAAAAUGAGAGGAGGAAGCUAAAUUUGAAAGAAGAAUAGUUUUUAAAUGUAAAGAAGAACCAAAAAUGUUUUAUAAAUUCGUAAACGGAAAGUUAAAAAGAACUGAAGGAGUGGAAAGGCUAAAAGAAAAAAAUGUAUUCUUCAAAAAGGACAAAGAAAUAGCAGAAAUAUUAAAUAAAAUUUUUCAUAAAGUGUUUACGAAAGAAACCGACGAUGACUGUGGUCUUGAAAAUUGCAAUGAAGGGAAACUAAAUCUUGUAAAGGUUUAGAAAGGGAAACUGAUACAGUUGAUGAAAACCUGAGAUGGAAGGAAAGCUAUGGGACCGGAUGAAAUCUUGGGUCAAGUGCUAAGUGUAGAAAUGAAUUAUUGGACCCACUUUAUGACAUAAUAACAUGCUCUAUAAAUACAGGAAGAGUGCCCUUAGAAUGGAAGAAAGUGAACAUUGUACCAAUUUAUAAAAGUGGAGAUAAAACUGAACCACUAUAUUAUAGACCAGUCUCUUUGACAAGUGUAAUGUGCAAGAUUUGUGAAAGUAGCUAUAAUAAAAAACAAUGGGUUCAACAUUUUGAAUAGGAAAACAUGAUAAAUAAGGGACAGUUUGGAUUUUAGAAAAAGGGAAAUCGUGUGUCACCAACUUACUAUGUUUCUACUCAAGAGCAAUAGACGUGGUGCAAGAGAGAGAAGGAUGGGCUGAUUGUGUAUAUCUCGAUUUGAAAAAAAGCUUUUGACAAGGUUUCGCACAAAAGGUUAAUCUGGAAACUGCAGCAGUGGGGAGGAUUGGGUGGAAAGGUUAUCAAGUGGAUGAAGGAUUACUUACUUAACAGGAAGAGAAAUGAAGAUGGUGAUUAGGGAAGAGAAAUCAAAUUGGAGGAGAGUAGAGAGUGGCUUUCCUCAAGGCUCAGUUCUGGCACCAAUAAUGUUCAUAAUAUACUAUAUAAAUGAUAUGCCGAAGGGUAUAAAAAGUUAUAUGAGCCAUUUUGCAGAUGAUGCAAAGUUAACCCGUCCGCUGCAAUUGGCACAGAUUUGGCUUUCACUGGUAGCUUGGUAACAUAUAAUCUCAGGUCUUUCUCUGCCUCUGUGGUGGAUAGUGGAGUGUUUUUCAUAUGGUAUUGGUAUGCUGGAUAUCCCCUCCCAAGGUGCAGGACUUUACAGUUUUCUUCAUUGAAUUGUAUCAUCCACUUUUUGUUCCGUUCCUGAAGCUUGGUGAUGUCUUCUUGUAGGAAAUCUGCAGUCAAAGGGUUAAUAAGAAGAGUGAGGAUGGAGGAAGAUUGUGAAGAACUGCAAAAAGACCUGGAUAGAGUGUAUAGAUUGAGCCAGUUAUGGGAGAUGGAAUUUAAUGCAAACAAAUACCAUGUUAUGAAAAUGGGGAAAAGUGAAAAAAGGCCGAGGAAAACAUAGGAUGGGAGAAAAAACUUAAAGGUAGUACAUGAAGAAAAAAAUUUGGGAGUAACAAUGCAAGACACAGAAGGAUAUCAGAAAGUUGGAAAGGAUACAGAGAAUUGCAACUAAAAUGGUCCCAGAACUCUCGUAUAUGACGUUUGAAGGAGAUGGACUUAACGACACUGGAACAAAGAAAGGAGAGAGAUCUGAUCACGCUGUAUAAGUUGGUAAAUAAGUUUGAUGAGGUGGAUAGAGAUGAUCUCUUCUCAACUGCGAGAAUGCAGGGACUGAGAGGACAUGGAAAGAAACUGAAUAAAGGAACCUGUUUGAGUGACUUGAAAAAGUACAGUUUUCCACAUAGAAGUGUUAACACAUGGAAAAGCUUGCGGGAAGAGGUGGUGGAGGCGAGCAGUGUCCAACAAAUGAAGGAAAGGCUGGAUGAAUGUAGAUAUGGAGACAGGACUAUUAGAGCUUAGCUCAGGCCCGGUAGACUACAAAUAGGUAAAUACACACACACACACAUGCAUAUAUAUAUAUAUAUAUAUAUAUAUAUAUAUAUAUAUAUAUAUAUAUAUAUAUAUAUAUAUAUAUAUAUAUAUAUAUAUAUAUAUAUAUAUAUAUAUAUAUAUAUAUGCAUUGACACCUGGAUUGGAAAAGGAGACAGCUCAAGCCAAUUUAUAUUCAUAAAUUUAAAGCUAAACUUGAUAAACUGACAUUUGGAGACAUGAGAUCCACGAGUGUAGCUUGCUUCCCGUAUAUCAGAACUAGGUAAUAAUACUAGGGAAAUACAUGCACACUGUUCACCAUUGUGAUAUUUUUGUCUUCAAGCCCAAAUCAACUUUCUCUUCUCUCCACGAUGAAGAAACACUUUUGCACUUUGUAGCCAUGGAUUGCAAAAUUUUGCAUUUAUCAACCAGCCUGAAAGGGAGCAUGAGCAGCUGUUUUAGAUUGGAGAACACAGUUCUGAAAUUACUUUUUAAUUUGAUUACUUUCUUACGCUGUGCAUGUCUUUGUUUUAUCUUCGUGGUGGCAAUACAAUAAUUCUGUGAAGAUCAUAACUUCACAUUUGUGUAUGAUUGAAUGGGAGUGUGAUGUCAUACCUUCAGAGCUAGGUAUGAUUAACUGAUAUUCAUUUGGCAUUGAACUUAGGCCAGAUAUAUAUAUAUGUCCUCACUCCUUGUCAUGCAUUUAUAAUUUUUUUCUUUUCUAGGAAGCACAAACUAUCCUCAAAUCUUAUCUACCUGCAAGAGGUCACUUAGCAAAAUGGCUCCAGGUAUGGGGGCAGCAAUGAAUUUCACCAAGCUCAGUACUGAACCAUAAAUUUUGUCCUGAAAAGCUGAAUUUUUUAUGUAGUGGUCAGUAUGUAUUGUUCAGAAGUAGAUAUACUGAAAACUCAACAAGUAAUAAAUAAUACAAAUAGAGUACAAAAUGUUAAACUUUAUGAUACUCAAAUGUGUUCAUAGAACUGUACAGGGUUUCUUUAUAGGGUGUUUCACAGAUAUAUAAAGAGGGUUGAAUCUGUGAACAACUUGGUGAUAUUGUAUAUACAUACAAGUAGGAAACCAGUCCAUGUCUAAACUAAUGGUUUUACAUGUCAUUUACUUAACUCUCUGUCCAAUGGAAAUAAGGAACUCUUACUUUUAAUCAAGCACUCAUGGGAUUAGCAUAGAAACCUUUGUAUGUGGCAACAUCAUUUUUAUCUAUAACUACUGCAUUUACUAUCUCUCUUUGUUAAUGAAGCCAGAUUUUAUAGAAAAUAUUUUUUAUUUAUCUAUUUAUGUAUUGAAUGAAAGAUGGAAAAUGUUGGGAAAUGCCUUUAUCAUGCAGUGGACUACUAAUGGCUAAGGUUGAUAUAUUUUUACAAUAGCUGCUUUACCAGUGCUGACUAAUCAAUAAUAUGAAAAUACUAAUCACAUCACUGGCUCUGACAAUUACUGUUGUGUGGAAUAGCUUUCUGGUUUAUAUUUUUUCCCUCCAUCUUUUUUCACAACCUAUAUUUUCCAUUCCUUCUAUAUUCUUUUCCUCUUAAGGGGCACACCUGGGUGUCUUUAAUAAUUGCCGUACGACUCUGAGAUGCUGAUGUAAUUUGUGUGUGUUUAUGAUAAUAGUUCAUGAAAUUUGGUCGAUAACUUUCAUGUUAUAUAUAAAAUUAUGUGAAAAAAAAUCUUAACACAUUAACUGCCAUAACUAUCACUGGUGGUACAUUGCAAACUUUCAAUAAAUGCCACAUGUUCCACCGGUACAUUAAUGAUAAGAAAAAAGAAAAAUGAAAUUCCAGUGAUCUGACUAAAUUCUGUAGAAACAAAUAAAAAGAUAAAUUAAAAGCAAGACAAUGAGUGUCACACUGGGAGCAUUGGUAAGGAAGUUGAGAGGUGGAAAGGCAGCUGGGGUUUGAAAUAUCAGUGAGAUGCUGAAAGCCAGGGGUGAAGCUAUGAUCCGUGGGUUGCAUGAGGUGCUGUCUGACGUGUGGCAGUCUGGUGCCAUUCCUCUUGACUGGAAAAGGGGGUUGGUUAUCCCUUUCUGGAAAGGGAAAGGGGACUGGCAGGACUGCAAAAAUCACUGUGGUUUUACACUGCUUGGUGUGCUGGGUAAAGUGCUCACUCAUCUGCUGCUGAUGUGAAUUUGAUCUCUUCUGCUAAAGUUUCAGGGCAGUCCAGAUACAUCCAUGCUUGGUAAGCCAACAACUGACCAGAUUCUUGCACUUCAUGUCCUUGUGGAACACCAAUAUGAGUUUUGACAGGAGCUACUCACAACCUAUGUGGGUCUCAAGAAGGCUUUUGACUCAAUGCACUGUGAGGUACUCUGAGAAAUUCUGUGGAUCCAUGGGAUUCCUACAAAGAUUAUUGACCUGAUGGGCACAUGGCACACCUCCUGGAUGGAGGAGACCAAGGGCUGCCCACGUAACUCAUGGCUGGGCAAGUUGAUCAAUCCUGCCAGGAGGGAUUUGAAAUGUAAAAAGCAGCUGCAUGGGAGCUUGCUCGGUUAGACUGUUGGGAGUGGAGGUGGCAAGUUAUUAUUAUUGUUAUUGUUAUCAUUAUUAUUAUUAUUAUCACUUUCCUCCUUCUGCUUGUCCUCACCCUUCUUUAUUUAGAUCAAUCAUGCUCAUGAGUGUGUUUGUGAUAUGGGAAUAGUGUUAUAUGGUUGGGUUAUGUAUUUUAACUGCAGAAACUGUAUAACGGUUUAUGCGCCUCUCUUUCAAAUUGGGGCCAGUAGUAUUUGGACUUUUUUUUCUUAAAUCUUCAAAAAAAUUACAAUGUGUAAAAAUAUGAUCAUUAUUUUUUUUCAAAUAGCAAUUCCACCACAAAGUCUUACAACGGCUGAAUCUUCAGUGCAUAGACAUUUAUACUACAAUUAUUUGUAAUGAAGACAUAAUUUUGAACUCCUGUAUUAUAAAGAAGAUAGAUACCCUGUGUUCCUAUAGUGUGCUUCCUCAACACAAGAAACCUCAGUUCUGAAUCCCAAGUCCUUGAGUUUAUCCUGCUCACAUUUAAAAAUUCUUUGUACACCUAUGUGUAAUGCAGCAUCUUAGUUUAUAGGGUAGGCAUCAACAGGUGCAUAUAGGUGUGCUAUAAGUGUGUGUGUUUAAUGUUUGUGGUCUGGGAAAGUUGUCUUAAGUUUGUUCCUGGGGCAAAGGCUAUCCUAAAUUUAUUCAGCCUCUGGGAGUUUUACAGUUUUACAGAAACUGCAAUAGUAUUAGGGAAGCUCAAAAACUUGUUAUAAGACAAUACUAAAGUGGCCACUAAGAUAGUGGGACACUCUAGGCCAAACAGUUUAUAUGUUCAUAGAUAAUUUUGUUAAACAUUUUACAAUUAAUGUUAGAAAUAUUAUUGGUAACAUAAGAUCCCAAUAUAUAUUUAACUUGUAUGAAAACUUACCUGUAACUCAUUUAUGUCACAAUGGAGGCUCUCAGCUAGGAAAGUAAACCUUACUGAUUGAUA